AACUCGGAAGACAAAAAAGGUUAUAAUGGCGAGAGAACUUCAGAAGAAAUAAAAAACCAGAUCAAAUUUUGGAUGCUAAAACCCUUCUCUCUCUCACUCAAAAAGCUUGAAGAACAUCAGAUGUUCAAAUUCUAAAACCCAUAAGAAACAAGAAGAAAAAAUGUUGAGUUUACUAAUUUAAGAGAGAUGGAAGUAAUGGAGCUAGAACCAAGGGUAAAACCCUUAUCAUACAAAAUCAAGGGCAUGUCUCGUGAAGCCCCUUCACAAAAAGCACUUCAUGUUCUCGAUACUGAUCUUCGUUCUCACUGGUCUACUGGUACUAGCACUAAAGAAUGGAUUUUGCUCGAGCUAGACGAACCGUGUCUACUAUCACAUAUACGGAUUUACAAUAAAUCAGUACUUGAAUGGGAGAUUGCAGCUGGGUUGCGGUACAAGCCAGAGUCAUUCGUUAAAGUUCGCCCCCGAUGUGAAGCACCUAGGCGUGACAUGACAUACCCUAUGAACUACACCCCAUGCCGCUAUGUGCGAAUAUCUUGUUUGCGUGGGAGUCCUAUUGCUAUAUUUUACAUUCAGCUAAUAGGAGUUUCCGUGCCUGGUCUGGAGCCAGAGUUUCAACCAGUUGUUAAUUAUCUUUUGCCACACAUUAUCUCUCACAAGCAAGGGGCAGAAAAUCUGCAUCUUCAGUUGCUGCAAGACAUCACAAACAGGUUGCUGCCAUUUCUCCCACAACUCGAGGCGGAGCUUACCAAUUUUACUGAGGCAGCGGAAUCUAACAUGCGUUUUUUGGCUAUGCUUGCUGGCCCAUUUUAUCCAAUUCUAUAUGUAAUAAAUGAAAGAGAAGCAACUAGAACUUCGUGUAACUUUCUUGAUUCAGAUGCUUCGAAAAACACCCUACCUCCAACCUUAACCGUUUCCUCCAAUUUUGAGGUCCAACCGAGGAAGUUACGUAGCCCUUCAUCAUUACUUCAGCCUGCUUCGAGUUUAGUUUUUCGUCCCGACACAGUCUUCAUGCUGCUCAGAAGGGGUUAUACAGAUCCUCAUCUAGGAUCUAUUUGCCGAAUGUUUUCUGGAGUUCUUCGAAAGCUCAUUGAACCUAGCGAACCACUAGAAACACCAGUUCCAUCCACUGAUUUGACAUCUACAGUUUCUGAUGAGACCAGCAAAGCUGAAGCAUCUAAUUAUAUGCUUUUAGCCGAUUACUCAAGCUUGUUUGGGGAGGAACUUAAAAUACCUGAGGAUCACUGGGACCCCAAUUAUGCUAAUGUCUUGGAUAUUUCGACCGUGGAAGAGGGGGUUCUACAUGUCCUAUAUGCAUGUGCGUCACAGCCUCUCCUCUGUCACAAGCUAGCUGAGAGUAGUUCUGAAUACUGGGUGAGAAACAGUUGGAGACAAUCACUUCGACCUCCAGUUAGCGGUCCUUCAGACCAUGUUGAGGACGGUUUUUCUCAAUGGAAACAGCCAUUCGUGCAGCAGGCCCUCUGUCAGAUUGUAGCAACGUCUUCGUCUUCAGUGUAUCGUCCUUUGCUAUGCUCGUGCUCUGGUUACUUGGCAUCAUUUUCUCCAUCACACAGAAAGGCAGCUUGUGUUUUGAUUGAUCUCUGUUCUGGACCACUGGCACCAUGGAUAUCUGUUGUGAUUGCAAAGAUUGACUUGGCAAUCGAGCUUUUACAGGAGCUCUUAGGCAUUAUCCAGGGUGCUCGCACUUCUAUAUCUUGGUCUCGAGCUGCUCUUAAAUACAUCGUUUUGGCACUCUCUGGACAUAUGGAUGAUGUACUAGCUGCGUAUAAGGAUGCGAAGCAUAAAGUACUCUUUCUUGUGGAGAUGUUAGAGUCCUUUCUUGAUCCUGCCGUAACUGCAGCAAAGAAUACAAUUGCUUUUGGAGACGUUUCCAGCAUUUUCCUGGAGAAGCAGGAACAGAAUUGUGCUGUUGCUCUGAAUGUUAUACGCACAGCAGUGCGUAAAUCUGCUGUACUUCCGUCACUAGAAUCUGAAUGGAGACGAGGAUCUGUUGCUUCGAGUGUGCUUCUCUCUAUUUUGGAUCCAAACUUGCCAUUGCCUCCUGAUAUUGACCUUUGCGUAUGCCCUGUUACAAAAGUAUCAGAGCAAGAAGAGUCGGUUCGCUUUGGAGGAGCCUUUGCAAGACCCAAUGAUCAAGAAGAAUCUGAUGGGAAAAGUGAAAUUCCGGAAACACCUAUGAAGAUAGACGUCCUGGAUGAUGCUGGUCUUUUCUUUGCCCCACCGGAAUUGAAAAAUGCUGCAUUGAGGAACCUUUCUAACUCUUUCACAAGACAUAGUCAGGAUAAAAACUGUAUAGAAUCCAAUCAUGGAAAUGUCAACAAAGGAGGUAGACAUCUAAUUGGGAAAAAUCUAAAUACGCACUUUGAGAAUGGUUUAGUUCUGGAUGUUGGGUUUUCUGUCGAAUACUUCAACUUGCAGGCUGAUUAUUUGCAACUUAUGAAUCAUCGAGACUGUGAGCUUAGGGCAUCUGAGUUCCGGAGUUUGGCAACAGAGUUACAUUCACAACAUGAUAUUACUCCUGAGGGUCAUGAUGCUGCUAUUGAUGCUUUGCUUUUAGCUGCUGAGUGUUACAUAAAUCCCUUCUUUAUGACAGCCCUUAGAUCUCGUCCAAAAGUUAACCCGACGAGUAUUAGCAUAAUCAGCAAUGUUAAGAAGGAUGAGAUAUCAGUACCAAGGGUUUGUGAAAUGAAGUGCAACGACUUGGAAACAAUAACACUUCUUGAAAGGAAAAGAGACUUGACUGUUCUCCAAAUACUCCUCGAAGCUGCUCAAUUGGACAGGGAGUAUCAGAGAAGGGUAUCUGGCGAGGAUCAAGGUUUACAUGAUAAUGGGGGCAUGGAACAAGGGAUUGAAGUAUUGACAGUAGAUGAGCAUGCUUCAGAUGCAGUUACUCUGGUUCGACAAAAUCAAGCUUUGCUGUGCCGCUUUCUGAUCCAACGGCUAAGUAAGAACAUAGCUCAUGCCGAGAUUCUCAUGCAGAUCUGUUGUUUUUCUUGCACCCGCACUGAACUUUUCCUGCUCUCCUGA